AUGGUUGAUGGCAUUCCGAACAGCUCCUUCAAUCAAAGCUCAAAGUAUGGAAAUUUCCUUAGGCCGCAGACAGUGUUCAGUGUCUUGACCUUCACCCUACUGGCCAUGCUUGUAGUAGCCACAUUUAUUUGGAACAUGCUCGUCCUAGUCACAAUACUAAGAGUCAGAACAUUCCACCGUGUGCCCCACAAUCUGGUGGCCUCCAUGGCCAUAUCUGAUGUCAUGGUGGCUGCGCUGGUGAUGCCUCUCAGUUUGGUACAUGAGCUGAAUGGUCGGCUCUGGAAGCUGGGCCGAGCUCUCUGCCAAGUCUGGAUAUCUUUCGACGUCAUGUGCUGUACGGCCAGCAUUUGGAAUGUGACUGCAAUAGCCCUUGAUCGAUACUGGUCUAUAACACGCCACCUGGAAUAUACCCUAAAGACUCGCAAGAAGAUCUCCAAUGUGAUGAUUGGCUUGACAUGGCUGCUUUCAUCUGUUAUUUCCCUCUCCCCAUUGUUUGGCUGGGGUGAGACAUAUUCAGAAGAGGACAUGGAGUGCAAGGUGAGCCAGGAGCCAUCUUACACCAUCUUUUCCACAUUCGGGGCCUUCUAUCUGCCUCUCUGUGUUGUACUGUUUGUCUACUGGAAGAUAUACAAAGCUGCUAAGUUCCGUAUAGGAUCAAAGAGGACCAACACCAUUACUCCAGUUGCAGAGGCUGGAGAGGUAAAAGAGGCUUCUAGACAACAGCCUCAGAUGAUGUUCACUGUGCGCCAUGCCACCGUGACCUUCCAGACUGAUAGUGAGACGUGGCGAGAGCAGAAAGAGAAGCGAGCAGCUCUGAUGGUGGGCAUCCUCAUUGGUGUGUUCGUCCUCUGCUGGAUCCCUUUCUUCCUCACCGAGCUUAUCACCCCUCUGUGCUCCUGCCACAUUCCACCAAUAUGGAAGAGUGUCUUCCUCUGGCUGGGUUACUCCAACUCCUUCUUCAACCCACUCAUUUAUACAGCCUUCAAUAAGAACUAUAAUAACGCUUUCAGGAACCUCUUUUCCCGACAGCGUUAA